AUUGUGUAUUCAUUUUCGAGUUUUUUUUUCUUGGAAUAAGACAACCACGCAAUGCUAAUCUGUUUAAAGAAAAGUAUCACGUACUUUACUAGUCUUCCUGAUCGGUGUUAAAAGGACCAUUUGUUUUAUAAAUUUACAGCGAUGUCAACUGAGGACCAUCUUAUAUUGAAUUCUUUAAGCGUGAUGAUACAAACUGGGAUAUUGAUUUUGCUGUUAGGAGUCUCCAAUGUAACAGCAGCUGACUUGGCAUUGGGACAACCGGCAAACAUGAUCUUUCCUUGCGAAUCAGAAGCUGCAUUGGCUGUUGAAGGCACAUCAGCAGGGUGUGCAGUAACCACUCUUCUCACGGACCCCUGGUGGCGUGUAGAUCUGGGGACGAGUUACGUUGUCGAUGUAGUAGACAUUAUAGCCGGUGCAGAUGGAUUAACAGAUUUUGAAAUACGAGUCGGCGACAAUCUUGAUAAUGAAGGAAACUUAAACCAAAAGUGUGGAGGACCAUACACUUUGACUUCUUCACAGGAAAAGUCGUUUUUUUGCAUACCUGACCUGAAGGGUCGGUAUGUGAACAUCCAAAUAGCGGGAAACAACAAGAAGCUGGCCAUCUGUGAGGUGUCAGUUAAUCCUAAUCCAACAGUAAACCUUGCUUUGAGCAAGUCAGCAUAUCAGUCCUCUGUCUCCUUCGAUGGUUACCCUGUGCGAGCAGUGGAUGGAAAUACUGACAGUGUCUGGAGCUCAAGCAGUUGUACACAUACAAAUGAAACAACAGAUCCCUGGUGGCGUGCGGAUCUGGGAUCAAGUCAGCACGUGUCAGAGGUGUUCAUAGUCAACAGAGUAGAGGCUAAAUUUAGGCUUUUCAACAUAGAAAUUCGUGUCGGAGAUAGUUUGGCAAAUAAUGGAAACUCCAAUCCGAGGUGUGGUGGCUUGCAUUCGAUGGCUAAUUUACUCAAAGCUUCGUUUUAUUGCAAACCGAGAAAAACUGGACGAUACGUAAAUAUCAGACUGGUGGGAAGUAGGAUGUUUCUGACUUUGUGCGAAGUGGAGGUGUAUUCCGAAAGCAGAGCCAUUCUGAAAUACAAGCCAGUAAAACACUCAGUGCAGGACGCCUAUUACCAAACUUCUAUAACUCUGGUCUGUCCAGAGCCUUUCGGUUAUCCUGAACCGUUUGUAGCCUGGGUAAAAAAUGGUGUCGUCCUUCAAAACAGCUCAUCCGACUUGACACUGAAUCUGUCAAUCACUGCUCAAAGGAAUACUACCAAGUGGACAAUUGACUGUGUGGCCAGCAACAAACAUGGCGCUGAUUAUCACAGAUUUGUUUUGAACUUGCACAGCAGAUAUGCGAUGUGCACGGAAUUCAGAGACCUAAUGGAAGGGACUAGAACAGUUCGUCAUGUAGUGCAUAACCAACAGUCGGCACAAAAUGAUGGGGACAUUGAUAACCGUGCAUGGUACCGCUUUGUUAGUCAAGCCACAGGAACCCCAGUGCAGCUACCGGACUCCUGCACGGAACCUUGGACUUGUGGAACUCAGGCCUCAGGCUGGCUUCGCGGGGGUCAUCCAUCAAUGGAAGAGGGCCUUGUACACCGGAAUGUUUGCUUUAGUUGGAAUGACAAUUGCUGCUUUGCCGAAGUGCAGGCGCUAGUCAGGCAUUGCUAUGGAUACUAUGUGUAUAAGCUGCAGCCGACAGCUUUGGAAUUCAAAGUGAAAGCCAGAUAUUGCGUAGAAAACCGAGCCAUCCCUUAUGAAGAUGCUUUGUUUUACCAACCCGUUACAAAAACUGGUGUGCAGUCAGCAUUGACAAAUCACGCGAUUCACAAGGAAUAUCACGUAACAUCUUCAUGGAAGUGUAUGACCUAUUGCCUCUCGGAGAUGACGUGUGUGUCAUUCAGCUACUUCCCCCAGAGUAACACAUGUGAGCUUAACAACAGCACUGAAUCGAGUAACCCGGAAGGUUUGAGAAAGAGACCUGGGACCGAAUAUUACGAAAAGAGAAGUCAUUCAUCAUUCUUAGGUUGAGAAGCUGGUUCAAACAAGAAUGGAAUUAACUGUGAAAUUUCUAGAUGGUAAGAGAGCAAGUUUUCCUAUGCGGAACACUUUGGCAUAGAAUGUUAGUAUUUAUUGUCAAAGCUGCGAUGGAAACAGACUCAUUUGAAGCGGUGUAAGGAAAGCCCUUCAUAGUAUGUUACAUCAACACAACAUUUCACACUUUGUAAAAUAUUUUUCUUUUAAUUUUCCGAGUCAGUUUUUCAUUUUUACAGUUUAGACGCAGGAUAAGAGAAACAAUUACACAUAGCAACUAAUAACAAAAGUAAAGAAAUCCGAAGGUCUGGAUUAAGUUCAAUCACGUUCUAUCCAAGUUUAACCAAACAAAACUCUGAAAUCGGAGUUUUUUGUUUGUUGGUAUUUUUGUCUCUCAUUUCUGGCAAGACGAAUAAAAUGUCUUCUUAUUCGACCUCUAAGAUCAAAUUUUGCUAUCUUUCCUAUCUUACAUUCACACAAAACAACAAACCUGUGAAGUUGCAUUAACAUAUUUGCGUAAGUAAUGCAGCCUGUUAUGUAGGCUAUACGAGUUUUUACGACACUUACCUCACCAACUGGCACCAUUUAGUUUACCUAUGAAUGUUCUGAUAUUUGAGGCGAAGGAUUUUACGUACAAUGGAAUUGCCGGCACUAUCUUCUGAAGUGCCUGUUCAUGUUCA